UCCUGACCUUUCGGGAGAUCUGGAAUCGUAGUUUCUGCCGGCCUCUGGAGCAGCUGGUGGACGUCAUUACAGAGUUCCCCAACGAGGUGGAGUACAUUUUCAGACCCUCCUGCGUCUCCCUGCAGCGUUGCGGGGGCUGCUGUGGGGAUGAGGGUCUCCGCUGCGUCCCUGUGGAGACAAGCACGGUCACCAUGCAGCUCCUGAAGAUAAAGCCGAACGGGGAGGCACCCUACGUGGAGAUGACGUUCACCGAGCACAAGCAGUGCGAGUGCAGGCCCCGGCAGGACCUGAUGAGGUUGGGAAGGAGGAGGUCCAAGGGCCGAGGUAAAAGAAGACAAGACAAGAAGAGACGUAAAGACUGUGAACUUUGUGCCUUUUUUGGGGCUUACACCAGUAGCUCCUGUCAGCCCUCCCUGGCGACAGCAGACAUGUCCUCUGAGCACUCUGACAAGGCCCACACAGAUCUGCUGAAGUCAGACAG